AAUAUGAUUAGCCAAAAUCCGUCUACCGAUCAGUCUUCAUUUUUUUCACCAUUGUCAGAAGAUAUUCUAAUUAGUCCAGCAACCAAUUCUAAUGAAAAGCAUAAUCAAACACCACAAUUAAAGUGUAGAAGAAGAUUAACUUUGGAAAAUUCAAAUAAAUCAAAAAAUACUGGAACCGAAAUUAAAAAUAAUAAAAAUAAAAUCGAUAAAGAAUCAAAUGAAGGUUCUCAACUUAAAUGAAGCAGCUGAAUUACUUGGUGUUCCAAAAAGACGUCUUUAUGAUAUUACCAAUGUACUUGAGGGUGUUGAUCUUAUUGAAAAAAUUGGCAAAAAUAGUAUUAAAUGGAGGGAUCAAUCAGAGUUUACAAAUUCAGUAACAUAUCAAAAAUUAAACAAAGAAAAUAUUGAAUUAAUUAAUGAAGAAAUAGGUUUAGAUAAAUUUAUUCAAUCAGUCUCGUCUUCACUUAAAUUAGCAAAAGAGGACCCAACAGAUGCUUUUUAUAGUUAUUCUCUUUUAACUGAUUUUCGUUCCUUGGAUAAUUUUAAAAAUAAAAUGUUAAUUGCUGUUAAAGCUCCAAAAGAUUCUUCAUCUUCUAUUGAGGUUGUUGAUCCAAAUGAAACUCAAAAAUUUGAAGUUAUUAUUAAAAAUGAAAAUGGUGGACCUUUAAAUUCUUUUGUUUGUCCGGAAGAUAUUAAUGAAAAUAUUGAAGAGAAUAAUUCAAUAAAUAAAUUAACUCCUUCAAAAUAUUCAAAUAAACAACAAAAACAGCAAGAAUGUAGACAAUUUACUCCCCCUUUUUCACCAAUUAAAAUGGCAAUGCUUCUUUCUUCACCUUGUAAAAUUGACAAUAAAUAUUUGCAAACUGAAGCAAUUUCUUCAAAUAAAAUUGAAUUUUUACAAGAAAAUACUUUACUUUCAUUAGACCCUCCAAUUGAAGAAAAUAAUAUUAACCCUUAUUAUAAUUUGUCACUUUUGGAUGAACAACAACAAAAUUCUGAUGUUAGUAUUUUAAAUGCAAUAUUUGGAAAUGAUUUUUAAAAAAUGGUUUGAUUUUUUAAUUUUUUUCGCAAAUGUAAUUUUUUUAAAUAUCUUGUGUUUGAAGGCAACGAAAUUAAUGUUACGGCAAAAUUUCAUUAUAGGGUUAUCAAAAAUUUUGGCUCUGGUCCAUUAAAAAGUUUAUGAAACUAAUAAAAACUCGUAUAAGCCUAAACAAAAUUUUACGAUUCCAAUUUAAAUCGGGGAGUACACCUUUCCUCUGCAAAAGUUUUUAUUUUUUUUACAAUUUUAAUUUUGUUGUCUUCAAUUCAUUU